AUGCGGUCUACACUCCGGCUGUUGGCCAAUGUCAAGCCCCGGUACUUGGAGCCCUUUGCUCCCACCGGAUUGACUGGCCUGACCACCCACCCGAGCCCCCGUCCGACUUUGAUCUACCUUUACAACACUACCCUUCAGAAGCUGUCUAACUUCCCCGAGACAUCCGCCUACCGCCAAUCGGUCGAAGCAUUGACUCGCCAUCGCUUGCAGAUUGUCGAGUCACAGAAGCCCCCAGGCUUUGAGUCGUGGUUGGAGCGUGUGAAGAAGACCGUGGGCGCCGAGCCCGAGCGCUUCGCCCAACUCCAGCGAUCCGAUGGCACAUUCGCCUAUGUCGGCUCACAGCAAGCGGAUGGAAGCGACAAUGCUCGCGGCGAGGAGUGGGAUGGCGAAGGCCUGUCUGCUACGACCGAGGGUCCUACUCGUACCCCGCAAGAAGUUGCUGAGUGGAACAAGAUCAUGGAAGAGUCCAGCACAACUGCUGCGGAGACGGAGGCGGACCACUACGAAGCUGAGAUGAAGUGGGAGAACGAGCCGGCCCUCGAGGCGAAGCAAAUCGACGAGAUUGAGCAGCAGAUUGGUGCUGGCCUCAUUGAGGAGGUCAUCCAGGUCGCAGAGGCGGAGCUCAAACUUGUUGAUGAGCUGUACGCUUCGAGAGUGUGGGAAGAGCUGGAGGAGAAGCCCGCUCCUGGCCAAUGGACCUACUUCGAGCGCGGUAAUUAA